AUUCAAGGGCAGGCAAAACAUGCUCUUCUUCCAGAGCUUGCUUGGGCACGGACUUUUCCCUCUUAGGAAGACAUGAGUUUUUCUGAAACAGAACCAACUGCGCUUUGAUCUGUUUGUGGACAAGACCUUGAAUUUGAGUCCUUGUCAGGGGACAAGGACAGAAGGACAUCCAAUCAAUGCUUCACAUACAGCCAAGGGACCCCAACAACGAGCCGCCCCUCCAAUAACAUCUGUCGGAUAAACAGUAUUGAAAAAUCACGUGGCAUGAAAGGAUGACAGAUCCAGGCUGCCCCCAGAGGCACACACUAUGUUUUUUAUCAACGUUACUUUCCCAGAAGGUUCCGGAGAAGUCUGACGUCGUGCUUCGAUGCAUGAUAGCUGGUCAGCCCAAGCCAGAGGUGACUUGGUAUAAGAAUGGUCAAGCCAUAGACUCAGGAGGCACUGUUUCCAGUUAUGAGUUCUUUGAGAACCAGUAUAUUCAUUUGCUACAUCUCUCAUGCUGUACCCAGAGCGACGCCGCUGUUUACCAGGUCUCGGCAAGAAGCUGCGUGGGGAUGAUCUGCUGUUCGGCAUCCCUUGAGGUCCAGUGUCUGCAGGACCCACAGGUCUCUUCUGAUCUAGGAGGCGGCAGAGAUGUGGCUGGUGAGCAUGAAACAGAGAUACGUGAAGAAGACAGCAUAAAUCACACGGACGAGAAAUGGAAUCUUUGUAAGAAAGAAGACAGUGUGGCCCCAGGGGCUUGUAUGUCAGCUGAUUCCUCCCCCGACAAAUUCAACCAUUUGAGUUCACCCUGGAUAGUGGCCAGUGGUGACUCUGGUGCUUCCAAUUCUGAAAAUACCCAAUAUGUUAAAGAGACAAGACAAAGGUCAGAGCCUUUCAAUUCAGAUAACAUGCAAGAAAAUUCCGUUAAUUCAAAUAACACUAUUGAAAAACAAGAUGUAUCCCAGUUCAGGACAGCGUAUGCCACUGUGCCAGGAUUAACUGAUGAUGGCCUAGGAUACAAAGAAUCUAACAAGAGUAUCACGCCUAGUCAUCAAACCCCCAAAGCACAGAAAUACAUCAGUUUCAGUCUUCCACUGCAGGAGGCAACCCCGUGUCCUUACCCAGGUGACAGCAACUCCAUCAACAUGCAGCCGGGACCCCAGGUUUCCAGCGAAGACUCUGACAGUGACUACGAACUUUGUCCAGAGAUAACCCUAACCUACACGGAGGAGUUUUCAGAUGAUGACCUGGAGUAUCUGGAAUGUUCCGAUGUUAUGACGGAUUACUCUAAUGCGGUUUGGCAAAGGAGCCUGCAGGGAACUGACCGAGUUUUUUUAUUAGAAAGCGAUGACGAAGAGAUGGAAUUCAAUGAGUGUGGUCAGGGUGAGUGUGAGCAUUUCUUCAGUGAAAUGGGUUGUGGGCCUCAGGUGUCAGGUGGCAUGUGGUCUAUGAAUGUCGCCACUGGCUUCUGUAGUUAUCACUCACAACCCCAGGAAGUAGGGGUCAGGAGCAGCGGAACCUCCAGGCAUAGUCCGUUACCCCUGCAUUCAGAAAUGACUCUUACCUUGGGACCUCACCAGGAUGGAACGGCUAAGAUGACAGAACCGGGGAGGGCUCCACUCCCUACUGCUUCUGAGGCUGUUGAAAAUGAUUGUUCAGGAAUUCGGGGAGAAACCAGAGACAACCCUGAAGCAGGAGAGGAAUUCUCCAGGGACUAUCUACAGACCAUGGAUAAGGCAGAGACGGAAGCAUCGGUGAAGCCCUUGUCUGGGGGCUCAGAUAAGGCAGAGGUGAAGCAGGGUUUGGAAAGUCUGGCUGGGGAACACUCAGACGCAAAGUACCCAGGCAGCAGGAAGGCAGCUCUGAGACCCACCAGGGCGAGGCGGCCCGGAAUGAAGGCAAAUGCCAAGAAGCAGCUGCUGAAAGACAGUGCCCCCAAAGGCACUCUUGAUCUCCUCCCCAAGGAACCGACUAGGCAACCCUUAGCUGGGAGCUAUGGACAAGAGUCUACACACACGGAGGCAGGAGCAGGUCCUGGAUGGGAUUCCCACUUCCACACAGAAGUGUGUAUCCCACUUCCUGCAGAGCAAGACUCCAAAACCCCUCGACCACCAGCAGACCGACUUUCAAAGGAAGAGGACAGCAGCUUCGAGGGAGGAGAGGCACUGCUUGAUAAAUUCUUUGAAGCAAGCCAGAUUCCAGACCAGACUGACCGUCUUCAGAUGCAAAUUCAGGAAACCAUUGGGGAGAGCAGUGAUCUCGACCAGAUGCUGGCCUUUUCCGUGUCUGCUGAGGAGGAGUCUACGUUCACCCGGGCCACAACACAUUCCGUCUCCAACUUGAGUGAGAUCAACAGGGAAAAUUCAUCACUGGCCCAAUACCUGGGGCUGGAAAGCUGUCCUCAAAGCCCCCAGCAGGAAGCCAGAGCUAACAGAGAAGGUGACAAGCCUGGUGCUCUCUGGACAGAAUCAGCACAUGAACUGAGUCCCCUACAAGAUAAUGAGGAAGAAGUAUCCCAGGCUCCAGCCUCAAUGGCUCUCCCUCAGGGUGAUGGUAUCCACUGCAGGGAGCCAGAGGCUCUCUCUGAUGCUUUCUUCCAGCCCACUGCUCCCUCCCUCCCCUUGGAGAAUGUGGGCAGUGGGUCAAGGGGCAGAAAAGCUGCAUGUGUGAUGGGGUGUUUUGAAGCUGGUGACCAAGAAACAUGUUAUGCUACCAUGGAUCUCCCCAUUGGAGCACCAGUUGAUAAAUAUUUCCCUCAAGAAAUUUGCCCCGAGGACUUGGAGCUGACAGAAGGUCAAAGCGAAGUAUGUGAUUUAUGUUCUCCUGACAAGAUACUGGCUGUUCUACAAACACAAGGUUCUGAGUCUUCACCGUCCACAUACGAGCUCAGAAAGGAAGGGAAGUCAGCCGACGGCCCUCUUUUUAACAGUACCUUCACCUGGAACACGUCACAGGAGGCCAGUGAAGAUGCUGUGGGCGAGACACCAGCUGACGUGGGGAAUUCUCCUACCAUCUUCUCUUCCGCACUAUCCUACAAUGAAGGAGGGUUUGGGGAGACACAGCCCCCUUGUUCUGAGAAUAUCUCCUGUAUAAAGGAUAGUGAAGGAGGCUGUGGAAGUUCCAAUCUCAGCAUCCUGAUUGACAUAGACACACUUGCCAGUUACAGUUCCGCCAGAGAGUGCUCAAAAGAACAGUCAACGGAAUCAACUGCUAAUGUUGACUGUUAUCAGGAGACCAGGGAGACUGAUGGCAUAUUAACUGAUGCCACUGAAGUCCAUGAAAUCAAAUGCCACACCGUUUCUUUUCCCCAGGACAAUGACUUUGAUGAUGGUGCUGACCAGGUCUCCUGUGAGGCACAAGUUGAAAAUUCCCAAUCUCUUCCCAACGAUGCAGAGUCAGGUCGUAUGUUAAGUAGCUCCACAGGUGAAGCAACUGGGGAGACUCAAGUCCCAGCACUCAGUAAUGCAGAAGCUCAUGGCUACUUCUCACUGCCUGAGGGACAGGGUUUGUGUAGCAGGUCUCUUCAGAUUGAUAAUCAGCCUGGGUAUAAGAGCCAGACUGUGGAGGGAGCCCACAGCGGAGGCCUUGAAGAGGACUUCCAGGAAAAGGGAAGUGGAAUGAAGCAAUGCAUCCGGCCACAGAGCACAACCCACCGGAGUUCUCUUUCUGCAAAUGAUUUCCAAGAAAUUUUGCCCUCCAUACCUGCCAUGCAACAGGAGGCCAAUGUGGAACCCUUGGAGCACUCCCUAGCAGAUUCCAGGGAAGAAAUUGAGUGUAGCUCAGACCUGAGGACCAGUGUCUCGGUGGCAGCUGAGAAGAAGAGUGUGGGAGAAGACAGUCAUUUGGUAAGCAGUGUUCCAUCUCUCCCUGACAGCCUCCUUGGAGAGAAAGAUGACGUUGGACUAGCAAGUUGGGCUGUGGGCAGCAAAGUGAAGAUCAUAACUCUAGAAGCUCCUGUCUUUGAAAUCUGGCCACAAGAACUAGUGACACAUUCUGGGUACAAGGAGGCAGAAGUUGGUCUCAUGGUGCCUGGUAGGAGCUGGGCUCUGUCUGACAUCCUCAGAGAAGGUGCCACCAGGCCUGAGCCAGGCCCCUUGGGAAUAGCAGAGUGGGUUCCCAGCUCCCAAGCUGAUGUUCUCAUGGCCCUUGGAGCUAACAGGGACACCUGUGUAGGUGCUGCACCAGACAGACAAACAUACUACAACAGUCUGUCUUCCCAGUGUCUGCGCCAACCCCAACUCCUGGAGUCAUCCGUAGACCCUGUUGAGGAAAAGGAGUUAGAUGUCACAGAUUCUCUGUUAGAGGUUUCCAAAACUGGAGAGACAGAAAUGGCUGAGACAGUGAAUGAAGAACAGGAGGAAACCCAGCAGAAGCUGCAUCACCCCACCUCUGUUAACCAGUCUGUGAGCUUCCCGAGGAUCCUGGAAUCCUCUGUGGACCCCAUUGAUGACAGGGGUGAGACAGAGAGUGUCUGGUCUGAGAAGCCAGAGCCCUCCGACUCCAACAUAGAAGGAAAUGGAUCCACUGUUGGAGACACAUGUCAGAGGGUAGAUGGCCAAGCUGCUAACCUACAGGUUCCACAUCCCCAAGACAGUGGCGAAAUCAUUCCAAACGAAAACACAACCCACCAAAAUCAUGUAGACAGAGAGGGAGCAGAUGCCAGAGCCAGUCGGCCUAAUGGAGCAAAAGCGGAAGCAGAAGCUGUCAUUUGGCAAGCCCAGGGUCCUGGUGAAGAGAGACAAGGAAUUCCAAGCGUAUGCAACAUGAACCAAACACAAGAUGGCGGUGACAGAAACCUAGGAGAAGCUGGGCAAAGGGGAAAGGAUGAGACUGAGGUCAUCUCUCCCAUGUCUCUUCUUUCUAGCUGUCUCACAGGAAUGAUGCAUACAUCUAUCAAGGCUGACACCAACAACUCCACAGGCCACAAUUAUGGCGGACCUAAGCCCAGAACUCAUCAAAGUGUAAUUCCUAUGAGGAAGGAAAAGGGAACUAUCGAGAACAAGUGUGGGAAACAUGUGUCCUCUUCAAAUGAUCUCACAGACACACCUUGUACUUUGUCUCCCAAAGGAAAUGUCACACGCUUGUCAAUAAGCCAUGACAUGGAGGAACUGAAAUCAGAGGAGCUUCAAAUUGCGGAAACCAAACCCCUAAACUCAACUGACUCCCCAACAAUGACUCUGGCUCUCAUUUCAGGAGAAUGUGAGUCAGAGAAAGACCCUGAAAGCUUGUUACUGAGGGACCUGUGUCAAAAGGGCUCCACCCUGGAUAGUGGGAAAAAGUCAAGAGAGGAACAGCAGAGGCCUGUGGUGGAUCAGAUCAGCAAGGUGCCUGGGGCCCAAUCAUCAAUAGCUGGGUCAGAGGAGGGAAAGAAGAAGCAAGAGGCUUCGGGGAGUGGACACUUGGCUGCAGGGAUAAAGAAGAAGAUUCUCUCCAGGGUAGCAGCCCUGAGACUGAAGCUGGAGGAAAAGGAAAAUAUGAGGAAGAACUCCGUUCUGAAGAAGACACCUAAGUUUGAAAGGUCCUUGUCCUGCACUGAUGAGAAGAGAGACCCUAAAAGGGCCCCUUGCAAAACUGAAGGGAAAGCUCCAGUGCUGCUGAAGAAGAUCCAGGCCGAGAUGGCUCCCGUGCACUCUGGGAACAUAAAGUUGAGCUGCCAGUUUUCAGAGAUUCAUGAAGACUCCACUGUUUGCUGGACGAAAGAUUCAAAGUCGAUAGCCCAGGUCAAGAAAAGCGCAGGGGACAACUCCAGUGUUUCCUUGGCCAUCGCCCAAGCUGGUCAGAAGGACCAGGGCCUCUAUUACUGCUGCAUCAAGAACAGUUAUGGAAAAGUCACUGCUGAGUUUAACCUCACAGCUGAAGUUCUCAAACAGCUUUCAAGUCACACAGAGUAUAAUAGAGGAUGCGAAGAGAUUGAAUUCAGCCAGCUCAUCUUCAAAGAAGAUGUUUUCAAUGACAGCUACUUUGGGGACCACCUGCGUGGCCAGAUCUCCACGGAGGAGCUUCACUUUGGCGAAGGGGUGCAUCGCAAAGCUUUCCGUAGCACGGUGAUGCAGGGCCUCAUGCCCGUCUUCCAGCCUGGCCACGCAUGCGUACUCAAGGUGCACAAUGCUGUCGCCCAUGGGACCAGAAACAAUGAUGAACUUGUGCAGAGGAACUACAAACUUGCCGCCCAGGAAUGCUACGUUCAGAAUACUGCCAGAUACUACGCCAAGAUCUAUGCCGCUGAAGCAGAGCCUCUGGAAGGCUUCGGAGAGGUGCCGGAGAUCAUUCCUAUUUUCCUUAUCCGUCGGCCCGAGAACAACAUCCCUUACGCCACAGUGGAAGAGGAGCUGAUUGGAGAAUUCGUAAAGUAUUCCAUCCGAGAUGGGAAGGAAAUCAACUUCCUCAGACGAGAUUCGGAGGCUGGUCAGAAGUGUUGCACCUUCCAGCACUGGGUAUACCAGAAAACAAGUGGCUGUCUUCUGGUCACGGACAUGCAGGGUGUAGGAAUGAAGUUAACCGACGUUGGCAUAGCAACACUAGCUAGAGGGUACAAAGGAUUUAAGGGCAACUGCUCCAUGACCUUCAUUGAUCAGUUUCGAGCGCUGCACCAGUGUAACAAGUACUGUAAAAUGCUGGGGCUGAAAUCCCUUCAAAACAACAGCCAGAAGCCCAAGAAAACAAUCCUCGGGAAAGGCAGGGUUCAGACAAACUCGUCACCAGUGAAGGCUCCCGAGUCUGAGACGCCCACAGAAAAGAAAACCUAACAUCCCUCAUCCCUUCGUCACCAAUGACAACCAGCCAGCAGCACACAGGCUUGUAAGUGGACAUCUGCAAACACACGGGGGACGCGAGCCUGCAGCCUGCAGGGUGUCAGUCCUCUUCAGCUCACUAUCACUCACUGUCUGCUGAAGUGACCGUGGCAUGGAUCUUCCUGACUAGCCUUGUAGGGAGACUCAGCAGUUCUGUUGAUGGUCUCAAAGACAGCCCACUGUUUGUGUACACAGCUAAUGUUUGUACACCCCACCCCACCCCCACCUCAUCAUGUAUCUAUUUGUGUGUGUUGCACGUGGUUUGUUGACAAGAGUUUUCCACGCCGCCUUGCGACUGGCCACCUUCAAAAUCCUUCCACCUCCUCACCUUGGGAUGUCUGGACGUUCCUGCAAUCAUGAAUGUCAAGUUGUUGUAUCAGUGUCACCUAGGCUAUUGUUGCUGGAGGUGGCUUCCCAGAUGUGAGGCCAUUUCCUGGCACUAUGUACAUAGCCUGGCACGGUGUUCUGUUUCAUUAAAUUCAUGUUUAAGCAAAAA